AUGUUAAGAAAAUCCGUUAGUCCAGAAGAAAAACUCUUUGGUGACAUUAAGGUUUCAAGUAAUGGUAUAGAAGUAUUGACAUAUCUGAUAGAUCGUUUAGGAACAGAUUUUAGGCCAUAUAUACAAACAAUAUUACCGAAUGUAAUUGAUAGAUUAGGAGAUGCCAAAGACACAGUCAGGGAAAAAUCUCAACUUCUUAUCCUGAAACUGCUGGAGCGGAAUGUCCUAACUCCACAGACGCUCAUCGAAAAACUUCAGCCAGGUUUUACUCACAAAAAUGCAAAAAUUAGGGAAGAAGUUCUAAGAUGUUUAGUUAACACAUUAAAUGAGCAUGGAGCACAAUCGUUGACGCUGAACAAAUUCAUUCCCGAUAUUGUUAAUUUGUUGUCUGAUCCCACUGCAACAGUUAGAGAUACAGCUUUAAACACUUUGGUGGAUCUGUAUAAGCAUGUUGGAGAAAAAAUAAGGGUAGACUUACAAAGAAGAAAUAUCGUUCCCCAAACCAAGUGGCCGGUGCUCUCGGCGAAAUUUGACGAGGCAAAAGCCAGAGGCGAACUCUUACCGUCGGCUUCCAAAGGAGUAGAAUUAAACUCUGAUGAAACUGACAGAGCUGUGAUGGCCAAACCAAUUGUUCCGACGAAGAGGCAUUUAGUGGGUAGCGCCGUUAAUAAACGGUCGACCUUCGCCCCCUCCAGCGCAAACUCCGGCGGUCCAGCGGGUGCUAUGGAUGAGGAAUCUUUUAUAAAAAGUUUCGAAGACUGCCCGACUGUACAGAUUUUUUCUUCGCGGGAAGUUUCAGAACAUUUGAAGAAUAUUCAAGAUACCAUCUCCGAUCCUAAUAAAGAAUGGAACAAGAGGGUGGAAGCUUUAAAGAAAAUCAGAUCUCUAGUCAUUGCGGGAGCGACCAGUCACGAAGAAUUCCACGUAGGUUUAAAAAAUUUAGAAAUACCAUUGCAAGGCACGUUGAAAGACCUCCGGUCACAAGUCGUACGAGAGGCGUGUGUUACCAUUUCGUAUCUGUCCACGCUUUUAGGAAACAAAUUUGACAAAACUGCAGAGUUUCUGCUACAGCAUUUAAUAAAUUUAAUACAGAAUUCAGCUAAGGUGAUGGCGACUUCUGGUCAAAUCACAGUGAAAUUUAUAAUUCAAAAUAUUUCUAGUGCUAGAUUAAUUCCAAUAAUAACGAGUAAUUCGACAAAGUCCAAAAGUAAGGACAUUCGAAGAGCGUGUUGUGAAUUUUUAGAAAUGAUAUUAACGCAAUGGCCCAAACAGCCAUUAGAAAGACAAAUUCCAGCAUUGCAAGAGGCUGUUAAAACAGGAGUCGCUGAUGCUGAUCCUGAUGCACGUGUUAGUUCCAGAAAAGCAUUUAAAGGAUUCAAAGAACAUUUCCCUGAUCAUGCGGAACAUUUAAUUCAAUCUCUGGAUCCGAGCUAUAGAAAAGCACUUCAAGGAGAGGGAAUGUCUGCAAGUUCGUCACAGAACAAUCUUGCCAGUGGAUUCAAAACGCCCAAGAUGUAUGGUAGAUCCACAGCUGCUAGUACAACAGAUUCGGGAAAAAAGGGAUUCAGAAGUAAUUCUGCGAUUGAUCUGCAAGCAGCGCAGCGAGCUAAAGCUAGAGCGCAAUAUUCUGCGAUGGCCAGAACGAAGAUUCAAUUCGGCACCGCCAGUCUACCGAGACCAAAGAGAGCACCAGAGACUGCAGUAACAGCAUCACCUGAACGAGUGAGUCGAACAAGAAAUCGAAACUCACAGUCACAACCAACGAGUAGGUCAGGAUCGCCUAGCUCCCGCCUGGCUUAUAUCUACCAUAGAGCCCCUGAACACGAAUCUCCAAGACCAAGAAGAUUAUCUUCUGGUAUACCCCGAUCAACACAAGGUUCCCGAGACACGUCGAGGGAAACUAGCCCUAACAGAAGCAUGAAUAGGUUUAGAAGAGGAAGUGAUAGACCACCAAUGAGUCCCGCAUCGAGACCGGUAUUGGCUCAGAAAAUUUUACAACAGAGCAGGGAAGCUGAAAAUGCGUUAGCUGAUAAUACGUCAGACCAUUAUAGGAGUCCAAGAAAGAACAUUAGAUCUGUCGAUAACCAGUCGGAUGAAUCAGAAACUUCCAGUGUUUGUUCAGAAAGAUCUGAGAGGUCUCUAGAUUCCUUUAGAAGGCAUUGUGAUGAUAUUAACCAAAUUAUAGCAUUAUGUGCAAGUACGAACUGGCAAGAACGGAAGGAUGGUUUAUUGUCAUUACAGUACUACCUCAGUACCGAAGUGCUUCUCUCUCCAGGAGAAUUGAAACAUCUAACCGAGAUAUUUACCAGAAUGUUUAUGGACUCACAUACCAAAGGUCUCAGCGUUUUCCUCGAUACGCUUCAUGAAAUUAUAAAAUGCUACAAGUCUGAUCUUGAGUUCUGGCUGUACGUCCUCCUGCAGCGAGUCUUCAUCAAAAUCGGUACCGAAACCCUUAGUUCUAUUCAAGGCAAAUUGAUGUCCACCUUAGAUCUUAUUAAAACCAGUUUUUCCAUAAAGUUGCUCAUCGCCAAUGUGUAUCGGUUUCUUAUAGACGCGACUCAAACUCCAAAUACAAAAGUAAAAAAUGUAGUCUUAAAUACUCUCUCAUCACUGUGCAACAACCCCGAUGCUGUUCAGCACAUUUCUCAGCCCCCUGCUAGUCAGGCUCUGCAAAAAGUCAUCACAUACGCUCAAGAUACCAAAUCGGCGGAAACUAGGCACGCCGCUAGACAAUGCAUUGUAGCUUUAUGGAAUUGUAAUACUCCUCAGGUAACAAUGAUACUAGCUGAGUUGCCUAAAGAUAUGCAGGAUUUGGCAUCCAACGUUGUACAUAGUCAUAUGCGGAAGAGUUCCACUGGAAGCGAGCCUGGAAGCCCGAUGACGAUGGGAAGUCCAAAACCUCUGUCGCCGGGUAUUUCUCCGUUCAGAGAAGGUUUAGAUCAAGAAGAGUUCCAUAGGAGGCUUAGGAGAACUACAGCUGAAAUUCAAAAUUAUAGCUUUGAAACCUUAGGUACUAAGUUAGACAGGGACAAAGUAACUACCUCGCAAGACUCGGGUAUAUCCCAAAUGUCUGCCGGAAAUGACAUAGGUAAAGAUGUUACUUUAAUAGAAGAACAAAUGGAGGAACUGUCGAUAAGGCCAAACUUUAACGUCAGAUCCGGGUCCAAAUCGUUGCCGUAUGCAGCAGUUAAUGGCGUCACUGAGACUGACUCUAAUGGAUUUAGAAGUUUAGGAGAUGUGAACGAUAACGAACAAACUGUAUUAAGUGUUAUAGAUAGUUGUUAUUUGGCUGACUUAACACCCGAAGAAAGAAAAAUACUUCGUAUUAUAAUAGAUAAACUAGACGAAAAAGAUAUUCAAGUUACCGUUCUUCAGACGCUUAGAGCUAUCUUCCAAUCCCCAGAUCUGAAAGACUGCUGGAAGAAUUUUGUAGAAUUAUUAACUAUGAAAGUUCUUGAAGCUCAUUCUGACGACAACAGAGAGGGUAAGGUAAUGAAAGAAGCUGAAAAAACAGCAGCAGCGAUGACAGUGUGUCCAUUCGAGAGCAUCCUUUCAACUUUAGCACCAAUCAUCAGAACUACUUCGUAUCCGGUACUGCUGGGUGCGAUAAAGAUGCUUGCGAAGUUAAUAGAGGCGCAUCCGGAUGAAGUCACCGAUGAUCAUUUGGCGAAAAUAAUGCCAGGACUUAUAAAGGGUACUGAUCAUCCGGAGAGUUCAGUGAGGAAGAGCUCAGUAUUUUGUAUGGUCGCCCUACACAAAGCUGUGGGAGAGGAUAGACUCUCUUCGUACAUCACUCAUUUAUCUGGUAGUAAGGUCAAGUUACUAAAAUUAUAUAUAGAAAGAUCGGAACAUAACACUUCCGUGCCUACAAGUCCUAAAAACAACGGUAGCUAACCCAUAAAGAAAACUACCAAAUAAAAUAUCUUCCAUGGUGAGACUAGUGUUGAUAGUAGUCACCAUUGUUAAAGAAUUUUUCUUUUGAUUUUGAGGCGAACACUGGGUUUAGAUGAAAUGCGUCACUAACAGUAGGUUUGGUUUUAAUUUUAUGUAUAACUUCAAAAAAAAACAUUCUUUAAGCUACAUUAAAGUUUAAAACUGUAGUAACAAAUAUAUAUUAUGUAGUAACACUAAAUUCAGUGUUCCUUCAUAUACAAACUGUCAUUUUUGUGUUGUAGACAACGAGCUGAUACCCAAUUCAGUGUAAACAGUGAAUUGUCGAAUAAUAAAUACAUUUUUUGCUAACAAUAA